AUGUCUGCAUCUACGAGGACCGAAACGGAUGCCUUCGGACCCAUUGAGGUCCCCUCAGACAAGUACUGGGGUGCUCAGACGCAAAGAUCUCUGGGAAAUUUCAAGAUCAAUCAGCCUCAAGAUCGAAUGCCGGAAGGUGUGGUGCGAGCCUUUGGCAUCUUGAAGGGGGCGGCUGCGACUGUGAACAUGAAAUAUGGCCUUGAUCCCAAGAUUGGAGAGGCGAUCCAGCAAGCUGCCGCCGAAGUCGCUUCCCUGAAGCUGAUCGACCACUUCCCGCUCGUCGUCUGGCAAACAGGGUCUGGCACGCAGUCCAAUAUGAACGCAAAUGAGGUCAUCUCAAACCGUGCCAUCGAGAUUCUGGGAGGACAAAUGGGCAGCAAGAAGCCUGUACACCCCAACGAUCACGUCAAUAUGUCUGCCAGCUCUAACGACUCCUUCCCUACCGUCAUGCACAUUGCAGCUGUUCUUGACUUUGAACAGAGACUCAUUCCUGCCCUCAAGAACCUGAGGGAGGCACUCCAGAAGAAGGUGGAAGCAUUCGACAAGAUCAUCAAGAUUGGCAGGACACAUUUGCAAGAUGCUACACCGUUGACACUUGGUCAGGAGUUCAGCGGCUACGUCGCCCAGCUCGAUCGAAACCUUGAGAGGAUCCAAGCAUCUCUCCCUCAUCUACGACAGCUGGCCCAGGGUGGUACCGCGGUUGGCACUGGUCUCAACACCUUCAAGGGCUUCGCGGAAGGGAUUGCUGAAGAGGUCACCAAAAUGACCGGGACAGAAUUUGUGACCGCUCCUAAUAAAUUCGAGGUUCUAGCUGCCCACGACAGCAUCGUGGAAGCCUCGGGAACAUUGAACACCCUUGCUUGCAGUCUUUUCAAGAUCGCGCAGGAUAUCAGAUACCUUGGCUCGGGACCUCGCUGUGGUCUGGGAGAGUUGGUCCUCCCGGAGAACGAACCUGGCAGCAGCAUUAUGCCUGGAAAGGUCAAUCCCACUCAGUGCGAGGCUAUGACUAUGGUUGCUGCCCAGGUCAUGGGAAAUCAUACCGCUGCUACCAUUGGUGGCAUGAACGGUCAAUUCGAGCUGAACGUCUUCAAGCCCCUGUUGAUCCGAAAUCUCCUUCACAGCACCAGGAUUUUGUCUGAUGCCAUGAAUGGAUUUGUCGAGCAUCUGGUUGAUGGUCUGAAGGCAGACGAGAAGAGAAUCGCCACACUUCUCCACGAAAGUCUCAUGCUUGUCACCUGCCUCAACCCUGUCAUCGGUUAUGACAUGGCCUCCAAGGUGGCGAAGAAUGCGCACAAGAAGGGCUUGACAUUGAAACAGUCGGCGAUGGAAUUGAAGGCUCUUUCAGAGGAGGACUUUGACAAAUACGUCCGACCCGAGCUGAUGCUUGCACCAAAGGAGAAGAAGUGA